AUGGAAGGCGUCAAUACCCUUCUUCAACUGGCUCGUCGUCAGGCCCAGGAAGGCAAGGCACGCGACCAGUCCAGUUCCGCAUCAACCCUCGUCUGUACGCUAGUACCUACUCUACUCAUUGCGAUCGCCAUCUUCAGCGCUUUCCUCAUCCUCCGCAGAAAGGCAAGCCGUGUCUACCAACCUCGCUCAAUCGAUGGCAUCGUUCCCCAACAGGAUUACACUCCAGCCCCCAAGACCGGACUACUAUCAUGGGUCUCGGAUUACAGACAGCUCCCUGACGAACAUGUUCUCCAUCACCAGUCACUCGACGGCUAUCUUUGGCUCCGCUAUCUCAAAAUGCUGGUCGUCAUCUCAUUCAUUGGAUGUUGCGUAACAUGGCCUAUCCUGUUUCCCGUCAAUGCGACGGGUAAAGGUGGACAGCAGGAGCUGGACAUGCUCAGCAUGAGCAACGUGGCCAAUCCAAACAGAUACUACGCACACGCCUUGGUUGCAUGGGUCUUCCUAGGUUUCGUCGUUUUUGUUGUCGUGCGCGAAUCAAUCUAUUUUAUCGGCCUCCGUCAAGCUCUCUUCAUGUCUACUCUACAUGCCCAGCGACUAUCCUCCAGGACAGUUCUCUUCUUGGGCAUUCCAGAAGAGAGCCUAAACGAACAGGGUCUGCGACAAGCGUUCGGUCAGCAUGUUCACAAGAUCUGGAUCGUUCCGGAUUACAAGAAACUCGAUGAGGCCGUUGAGGACAGAGAGAAGCUCUGGAACAAGUUUGAGGCUGGCCAACAAAAGCUCAUUAUCAACGCCAAUAAGAAGAACUCAAAGACCGACUCAGGUGGUGCACAAAAGGACCAAGCCACGAGUGAUCCUCUCGCUUCCAUCGAUAAGAAGGAUCGACCGACCCACCGUUUGAAGAUGCUGAUCGGCAAGAAGGUCGACACGAUUGAGUAUGGCCUGACGGAACUACCGCAAAUGAACCGAAAAGUCGAAGAGCUGCAGCAGGGCGUUUUCAGCGAAAACUCCAAGAAGACUCAAGCGGCGUUUGUCGAAUUCAGCUCGCAGGCAGCCGCACAGGACGCUCUGCAGUUCGCGCAGCAGUCAAAGACCAAGUUCUCACCCCGAUACAUUGGUGUCCAGCCCGGCGAGGUCAUCUGGAAGAACCUGGCCAUGAACAAGUUUUCACGCAAGAUCAAGAUGGCUAUUGCGACCACUGCCAUAGUCUUGUUGACCAUUUUCUGGGCCAUCCCUGUUGCCGUUGUUGGAGCCAUUUCAAACAUAAACUAUCUAACAGAGCAGGUGCCCUUCCUCAGCUUCAUCAACGACAUCCCGUCUGUCAUUCUCGGUGUGGUCACUGGUCUGCUGCCAGUCAUUCUCUUGGCUGUCCUGAUGGCUUUGGUGCCGAUCCUGUGCCGAUUACUUGCCAAAUUCGCUGGUGCACCUACCCUCUCAGCUGUCGAACUCAAGACCCAGUCCUGGUAUUUCGUCUUCCAGGUCAUCCAGGUGUUCUUGGUGACGACAUUCAGCUCCGCAGCAUCGGCUGUGGCUGCACAGAUUGUGUCGAAUCCUCCGUCUGCGGUCACUCUGCUCGCUAAGAAUUUGCCGAAAGCAUCCAACUUCUACAUCAGCUACUUCAUUCUCCAAGGACUGAUGAUCGCAGCACUAGAGGUGCUUAACCUCGUUCCGUUCCUGAUGAUCAACAUCCUCGGCAAGAUGGAUAAGACUCCCCGCAAGCAGUUCAAUCGCUGGAACAGUCUGGUCGGACUUGGCUGGGGAUCGGUGUAUCCCAAAUUCACCAAUCUUGGUGUCAUUGCGUUGACUUACAGCUGCAUCGCCCCGCUCGUGCUAGGAUUCGCCACCAUUGGCUUCUUGCUGAUGUAUCUCGGCUUCCGGUACAAUUUCUUGUUCGUUUACGGAAUGAAAGUCGACAUGAAAGGCGAGAGUUACUUAAAGGGACUGCAACAGCUGUUGACAGGUGUAUAUCUGGCUACAGGGUGUCUGAUUGGUCUCUUCGCGAUUGCGGUGGCCGACGCAACGAGUGCAGUUGGACCUCUGGUGUUGAUGAUCAUCUUCUUGGUCGUGCUCAUCGCUUGUCACGUCUUCAUCAGCAUGGCCCUACGUCCACUCAAGUCCAGCAUUCCGCUUGAACUCUUGGCCGAGAACCCCGAGAGCACGAUGAUCGCCACUGAUGCCGAGACUGGCCCACGCGUCAGCGACUCCGACCGUACUUUGGAUGGGCCUGGUCAUGAGAGACACGAGAAGGGAAGCGUACGCCAUGCGCCAGCCUGGCAACCAUCCGUUUCCCCAGACCAACAAAAGGGAGGCAACAUGCUCACACAUCGUCUCGCGGGCUUCAUCACCAAGUCUCGGGCCAAGGCACGAGCUCAGAUGGGUGCGAUGGAGUAUGGCCGUGCGCCGCGUUACGACUCAGGAGACUUGCAGACUGCGUACAUGCACCCAUCACUUGCUGCGCGAAAGCCGGUCGUAUGGCUAGCGAGAGAUCAAAUGGGUCUUUCAAGGGCUCUGGUCGAAGGCAACAGGAAGGCUGGAAUCGAGAGCUCGGACGAAGCUGCUUGGUUGAAUGACAAAGGAAAGGUGCAGUGGGAUACCGAGGAGCCUCGAAAGGUACCGAUCUGGGAGGAGCACAGAGUCUGGUAA